AAUUAUUCCUUUCCUUGCAGUUUCAGAAAAUGAUCAGAGCUUUGAGGUGACCAUGACUGCAACCACAGAGGUGGCAGAUGAUGAGAUUACUGAGGGAACUGUGACACAGAUCCAGAUUCUACAGAAUGAGCAACUAGAUGAAAUAUCUCCCUUGGGUAAUGAGGAAGUUUCAGCAGUUAGCCAAGCAUGGUUUACAACUAAAGAAGAUAAGGAUUCUCUGACUAACAAAGGACAUAAAUGGAAGCAGGGGAUGUGGUCCAAGGAAGAAAUUGGUAUUUUGAUGAAUAAUAUUGAACGCUACCUGAAGGCACGCGGAAUAAAAGAUGCUACAGAAGUCAUCUUUGAGAUGUCAAAAGACGAAAGAAAAGAUUUCUACAGGACUAUAGCAUGGGGUCUGAACCGGCCUUUGUUUGCAGUUUAUAGAAGAGUACUUCGCAUGUAUGAUGACAGAAACCAUGUGGGAAAAUAUACACCUGAAGAAAUUGAAAAGCUGAAGGAGCUCCGGAUAAAGCAUGGCAAUGACUGGGCAACAAUAGGGGCGGCGCUAGGAAGAAGUGCAUCUUCCGUCAAAGAUCGGUGCCGACUGAUGAAGGAUACUUGCAACACAGGGAAGUGGACCGAAGAAGAAGAAAAGAGACUUGCAGAGGUGGUUCAUGAAUUGACCAGCACUGAGCCAGGUGACAUCGUCACACAGGGUGUGUCUUGGGCAGCUGUGGCAGAACGAGUGGGUACCCGCUCAGAAAAGCAGUGUCGUUCUAAAUGGCUCAACUACCUGAACUGGAAGCAGAGUGGAGGUACUGAGUGGACCAAGGAAGAUAAAAUCAAUCUCAUCCUCAGGAUAGCAGAGCUUGAUGCAGCUGAUGAAAAUGACAUAAACUGGGAUCUGUUAGCAGAGGGAUGGAGCAGUGUUCGUUCACCACAGUGGCUUCGAAGUAAAUGGUGGACCAUCAAAAGGCAAAUUGCAAACCAUAAAGAUGUUUCAUUCCCUGGUAAUGUAUUUCUUGCUUAAGUCCCUUGUCUUAACCAUAUUUGCUCCUCGUGAGUUAGAGGUUAGAAGUUCUUUGUCUCAGCUAAAAAGAUAUGAGAUAUAGAUUUUCACUUAAAUCUCUGAUGCCCUAUUUCUUGGAAAACAAGAGUUGAUGUGAUUUGUACUUUCAAGGCACCUAAGAUAAAAAUAUACACAUUUAUACACAUUCUUGUUUUCACAUAAACUAUGAAGAGGAACUAAAUUGUAUAUAUUUUCAUUGUGUACAAAGAUGAAUUUCUGAAAACUGAAGUUUAAUCCACUUUUCUGAGUUGAAUAAUUUUAUAUAUCUUAACUUUUGUUAUGAAAUUCUGUGAUAAAUUAUUUUGUACAACAAUAGCUCUGUGAUGAACAAGAAUAGAUCGAUCUGGAGACAAAUGG